CAAAGACCCCACGCGCUUCUCGCGUCUACAACGACACUCAAAACCAAAAGCCAAAACCAACCUUCUUUCUCUGCGUUUUCUCCUCAGUUUCCUUCCUCGACUCUUCCUCCUCUGCCUCUCUUUCUUCUUCUCCUCCUCUUCUUUAAUUCUUUUUCCUAUUCAAAACCCCAUUUUUUUUUCUCAGUAAUCUCCACCAAGUUAGUGACAAACAAAGCUAGCUUUACAAGGAGACUUCUGGGUCAUUCAUUUUUUCGUUUCUUCCGAGGAUUCAUAAUAAUCUAUGAUGUUUUGUUGUUGAGGAUAGCAAGCAAAGAUUGUGUCUUGUAAGAGAGGGAGAGAGAGAGAAAAUAUUCUAUGGGAAACUGCUUAGAUUCUUCAGCUAAAGUAGAUACAGCUCAGAGCUCUCAUGCCACUUCUGGGUCAGCAGUCUCAAAAUUAUCAAGCAAAACCAGCCGUUCAUCAGGUCCUUCCAGUCUGACCAUUCAAACUUUCAGUGAGACGAGCAAUGCUUCAAGUCUUCCUACUCCAAGGUCUGAAGGUGAAAUAUUAUCAUCUCCAAAUUUGAAACCCUUCACUUUCAAUGAGCUAAAGAACGCCACCAGAAAUUUCCGCCCGGACAGUCUUCUCGGUGAGGGAGGAUUUGGUUAUGUUUUCAAAGGAUGGAUUGAUGAACACACUUUUUCAGCUGCAAAGCCGGGAUCAGGAAUGGUUGUUGCAGUCAAAAAGCUUAAAUCUGAGGGUUUCCAAGGCCAUAAGGAGUGGUUGACUGAAGUUAAUUAUCUUGGCCAACUUCAUCAUCCAAAUCUGGUUAAGCUAAUUGGGUACUGUCUGGAGGGCGAGAACCGGCUUUUGGUCUAUGAGUUCAUGCCUAAAGGGAGCUUAGAGAAUCAUCUAUUUAGAAGAGGGCCACAACCACUUUCUUGGGCAAUAAGGAUCAAAGUUGCCACUGGCGCUGCUAGAGGGCUCUGUUUUCUUCAUGAGGCAAAAUCACAAGUCAUAUAUCGUGACUUCAAGGCUUCUAAUAUUCUAUUGGAUGCGGAGUUCAAUUCGAAGCUUUCUGAUUUUGGUUUGGCAAAGGCAGGUCCUACUGGUGAUAGGACUCAUGUAUCUACUCAAGUCAUGGGCACUCAUGGCUAUGCUGCACCUGAAUAUGUUGCUACAGGUCGGCUCACAGCAAAAAGUGAUGUCUAUAGCUUUGGAGUUGUGUUGCUAGAACUAUUAUCUGGACGACGUGCUGUCGAUAAGUCAAAAGUUGGUAUUGAGCAGAAUCUGGUAGACUGGGCAAAACCCUAUUUGGGUGACAAACGGAAAUUGUUCCGGAUUAUGGACACAAAGUUGGAGGGCCAGUACCCCCAGAAAGGAGCCUAUACAGCUGCCACCCUUGCCUUACAGUGCCUAAGCACUGAAGCUAAAGUCAGACCUAAAAUGGCAGAGGUAUUAGCAACCCUAGAACAGCUUGAAAACUCCAAAAAUGCAGGCAGAACCUCCCAAUCAGAGCAGCAUACAGGUGCACCUGUCAGAAAAUCCCCUAUGCGCCCACACAAUUCUCCUCGAAAUUUAACACCUGGUGCAUCACCAUUACCAUCCUAUCGUCAAUCUCCUCGAGUACGUUGAACUAAGAGCAUUGAAUCUGUAAAUUUUUUAUGUGCUUCCAUAUUAUGUUGUUCAUAUGGGAUGUAGUACGGGCAUGUCUCUUGGCACAAUUUUGAGUUAUAUUGAAUUAAUAGUUACCACUUGUAGUUACCACUUGUUCAUAUGGGAUGUAGUAGGACAUAAAUCUGAUUUUUGAGUAAUUUGAGUUAUAUUGAAUUGGUAGCUUGUUUGUUGUGUUAA